AUGCACUCGGGCAAGCGCCUCCUUACCCACAGUGAUGAUAAUGAUACCAUCCGUGGAGACUCGGAUCAAGACCUUGAGUCCCAAAGCCGCCGUUCCUACGACACUUUCGGACGGUGCAACAGCCCGGAUGACUCAGCAACAACAAUUACCAGCAACAGCAACAGCAACAGCACGCGCGCACGCAUUAACCCACGCAUCGUCUCAGAUGCCAUCCUCGGCCUCUCAGACGGGCUGACAGUGCCAUUCGCCCUGAGCGCGGGUCUAUCCGCACUCGGAAACACCAAAGUGGUUGUGCUGGGUGGACUCGCCGAGCUGGCCGCGGGAGCCAUCUCCAUGGGACUUGGCGGAUACGUCGGUGCCAAGAGCGAAGCUGAAUCAUAUCAAACAACAGUCCGUGAAACACAGCAACUCAUCCGAACGGACUCGCAAGAGACUCGCGCCAUGGUGCGCGAGACCUUUUCCCCGUACGGGCUCUCGGACUCGGCGGUUGCAGAUAUCACGCGCGACUUGCAUGCGUCUGAAGAUCGUCUCCUUGAGUUCCUGCUUGCUUUCCACCAUCGAGAGAUGGCCCCUGACGGUAACCAGGCGUGGACUUCGGCCAUCACGCUGGCGCUGGGCUAUUUCAUCGGAGGGUUUAUUCCACUUAUCCCGUACUUCAUUGUCGAGCACGUUAAUGUUGCGCUUUACUGGAGUAUUUGUGUGAUGGCAAUUACCUUGCUUGUGUUUGGGUAUGUGAAGACCUGUGUGGUGCGCGGCUGGUCUGGUCGGGCCAAUGUGACGGCUGCGAUCUGGGGCGGAGUGCAGAUGUGUUGUGUGGGAGGUGUCGCUGCUGGUGCGGCGAUUGGAUUGGUGCAGUUCAUUGAUAUGGGCAGCACCAGUACUUGA